CGGACUGACAACUCAUAGGGCCCCCGGGCAAUAGGGGAUCAUGGGGCCCCUGUGUCCUUGCCCAAACUCAAAAAGCCUAUGAAAAAGGUACCAUCUCUGGGGGCCCCCUACUUACCCUGGGCCCUUGGGCAGUACCCGAGUUUCCAAAUGGUCAGUCCGCCCCUGAGCAGUAUGCACCUGUGUAUAUCGCCAAUGCUGAAUUUAAGAAAACAUUAGUUGCUUGGCUGGUAUGAUCCCCUUUGAAUUUGAACUCUGGAGCAACGUUUGAGAUGUGUUGGGUCUGCUCUCUAAGCGUUGCAUGUUGCUCAAGAGUUGCUUCAUGCAUGAUUCCACGU